GCCAUCUAAGUGUCAAUGGAGCUGUGCAGGCCCUUGGCGAUGCUCUCAUUAGCCAGUUACAGGAGGAGGGGCGGGGUGACCUGGCGCGGCUGGGACUCAGCGGCCUUUAAACUGGGUUCCCUGUACGCUGCCCUCCGCUUGCCUACUCCGGGGCGUGAGGAGUGCGGAGAGCUUGUUUCUGUGACCUUAGCAAAGCCAGAACCCAACCCUGGAGACCUGAUUGAGAUUUUCCGCCCUCUCUACAGACACUGGGCCAUCUAUGUGGGUGAUGGAUAUGUGAUCCACCUGGCUCCCCCAAGUGAAAUUGCAGGAGCAGGGGCAGCCAGCAUCAUGUCUGCUUUAACCGACAAGGCCAUAGUGAAGAAAGAACUGCUGUAUGAUGUGGCCGGGAGGGACAAAUACCAGGUCAAUAACAAACAUGACAACGAAUACACUCCACUGCCCAUAAACAAGAUCAUCAAGCAGGCUGAGGAGUUGGUGGGGCAGGAGGUUCUCUACAGGCUGACCAGUGAGAACUGUGAGCACUUUGUGAAUGAACUACGUUAUGGAGUUGCUCGCAGUGACCAGGUCAGAGAUGCUGUCACGGCAGCAGGCAUCGCUGGAGUGGGUUUGGCAGUCUUCGGCCUUGUUGGGGUUUUCUUAUCCAGAAACAAGAAACAGAAGCAAUGAGUUGAAUGACUAUCCGGCUCUAGGGGCUCCUCUUUUGCUAGAGGGUUUGGAAUUUGAUUUGUAGAUUCUACUGUGUCAUAAUUAGGCUUAUUUUUAAAGCAUACAAUAAACCACAAGAAGGGAAUUUCACUGGGAGGAUACUGCAGGAGUCGUCAGGUGUGAAGUCUCUGGAGGGAAGCUCUGGGCUCUGUCCUGAGUAACACCCUUUCCUGGUUGGUCUUUCUCUUUGCUGUGGUACUCUUCGCAUUGCAGAAAACAGUCCAGCACUGUUACCUCAAGUGAAGGUCAUUUCUGUGUGUCAGAUACUGUGGUAUGCCAAAGGAAACAGCUUGGACAAACAGAAAUGGAAACCUCAGAUAGCCAGGGCUCUUGCUUUAGGACUUGAUCCAACAUGGCACUUUGACACUCAGGGGCUGGACUCUAUGGACAUUUAGUGGAGUGUGAAAGACAAAUCCUCUAGGGCUUGGGCUACAGCUCAGUGGUGGAGUGCUUUCCUGGAAAGCAUGAUGUUUUAGGUUCAAUCCCUAGUGUAACCCCUUUCCACAGAGAAAUUCAGGAUAUACUGGGCUGGUCUUCCUAAAGCCUUCCAAUUUCCUUCUGCAUUACACACCUGUUCUACUUAGGUUUCUAUUGCUGUGGUAUAGACCUGAAACAACUUGGGAUGAAUUGGCUAUUGGCUUCCAUAUCCCCGCUUGUAGUUCACUGAGAGAAGCUGAAGCAGAAACGGAAGGCAGCAACUGAGGCAGAAACCAUGAAGGGCUGCUACCUACUGGCUUGCUGUCCAUGACUUGCUCAGCUUGCUUUCUUACACAGUCCAGGACCACCGGCUGGGCGGUAGUGCCACCUGCAGUGGAAUGGGCUCUCCCACAGCAAUCAUUAAUCAAGAAAAUGCCCUAUGGAGUUGCCUAUAGCCGAUGUCAUGGAGGCAUUUUCUCAACGGAGAUUUUCUCUUCCCAGAUGACCUCUGUUUGUGUCACACUGAGAAAAACCAACCAGCAAAAGUUUCUUUUGCCUUGGCUCUUGCUCCUCCUCAGGACUCCUGCUUUCUCACCACUGGUCCUGCAUUUCUACCUUCCCUUCUCUUCCCAAUCAGCUCAUUAUCACUUACAUGUUCAACCCUGAGACCCCAAGAGAGAAUGUGAUCGGCUCAGUGCACUGUGGAGGCUGCCCUUUGGUCAAGUGAUUUUUAAGUCAAUUAGCUGUGACUAACGGCUCAGAGUCAUAUGGUACAAACAUUGCUUCAGGCCUUAGGGAUUGAUAGAGUGACUGAUACAGCUACUACCUAUUGCUCGUCCCAGGGCAGAGGCAAGGUGUCUCCUUUGCAAUUGAUUAAAAAAAAAGUUAAUCUUUA